AUGGUGAAGGCUGAAGAUUUAAGCAAGGCAUUCAGCACCGAGCGUGAGCCAUACAAGUGCACCUACUGUGGGAAGGUGGGACACACCGUCGAUCGCUGGUGGACCAGGCAGAAGAAUGAAAGUCGAGGAGCCCGACGCGGCGGCAAUGGUCGUGGACGCGGGGCGAACAAUGUCCAGUGGGGACAAUAUCGUGAUGAAUACAGCGACUACGAUCAAGCAGCGUUUGCAGCUUCGCUAGAGUGUGGACUCUCAGCGAAGAAGGACGUGUCCGGAAUGAGGGCCGUCGACAGUGGUGCAACACACCACAUAUGCCACGACAAGACUAAGUUGGCAAGAGUGAACAAGCGCAACGACGGUGAAAUCUUGGUGGCGGAUGGCAACAAAGUGGCCAUCAAGGGUGUUGGAACCAUCUUUGAAAAGGUGGUUCUGCCCGACGGUGAAGAGCACGAGAUCGAGAUCAAGAACGUCCUUUACGUGCCAAGCACGAGCAAAAAUCUACUUUCGUUACCGCAGAUCAACAAGCACGGCAAGUUUCAAGUCGUGUUCGACGGGACCAAGAUGUUUGUCGCUCGCAAAGGAUCGCAACAAGUGGUGGCAACAGCAGAUCUUGUGGAUGGCCUUUACUGGAUUCACACAGCUCAUCGAUCGGCCAAUGCGACAACAAACGGAUGCAACGGUGUCGACUUACAUGCGCGGAUGGUACACGCUCCAGCUGAUGUGCUUCGCAAAAUGGUGGUCACGAACAUGAUCAAGGAUGUGAAGGACAAGCGCAGAUACGACACCUUCGAGCUACUUCACGUCGACAUCUGCGGACCCAUGGAGAUGAAUUCUCUGGGUGGCAUCAAAUAUCUACUGCUGAUCGUUGACGAAGCCAGUAGACGUAUGAUGGGCUUCUGUCUACGUGUGAAGUCGGAGAGUGAAAACUGCAUCACACGAUAUAUCAAGAUGGUGCAAGCGCAGUAUGGCAAGAAGGUCAAGCUCGUCUGA